GGAGAUGACAACUACAUCUUCGCAAUCUGCUUCUCAUACUUCUCCGGCAACGUCAAACCCUUUGGUACGCCGCGCAGGGAGUGAAGACAGGAACGAGCCGCGGGAGAUGAACCUUGAAAAAGAAGCCGAUGCCCAACUUCCGCACACGAGCACCUCGUCCCGAACGAACCACGUAGAAGUUCUACCAGAACACUUGAACGAGUGCUUCUACAACGAUUUUCUUGCUGUAGUUGCACGACCAGUGGCACGACGAUCCUCGACCACGUUUUCGCUGACCGUUAAGGAAAAACGAAAUCCGAGUUCUUCUUGUGCACAAGGGAGUUGUACCAAUGCUCUGCAGACCGUGUCCUGGGACGUGACCGUCCGAUCGGAGCCGUACGAGGAGUUUUUUGGCGCGGAAAAUAGAGACCGGAACGUGGUAUAAAGAUGAUUCAUUGAUUCUUACUGUAUCUGAUGCAAGAUUAAAUGGGCGGUGUGGUCGUGCUUCUUGAUGUUAUGUUUCAACGGAGACGAAUAACAUUCAAUUUGAGCAGUGUCUAUAAUGGUUGGAUUUGUACUAGAGUUCUCACGAAAAAAUAUUAAGAUCUUGCGUCUUUGCAUUUGGUGAUCUGGCAACAUGUGAAACUCAGAGAUGUCCGUAAAAAUUCAGGUUCCCGUAAACAAGCAGCUUUACGCGGACCGCAUAGCGACGGACGGCAGCG